AUGUCGACGACGAUUUUUCCCACCACCGUUCUGGUGAAGGACAACAUUGAUCUGACGGACAAGGAGAAGCAGAUAUUCGAUCGUCUGCUACAGGUUCUCCGCCAUUUCAAUCUCCAGACUCAGCUCCGCGUCGCCGGCGGUUGGGUUCGCGACAAGGUCCGUGUUCUUUCUGUUUGUUUCCACGAAAAUGGAGUUUUCAUUGCAGUGAAAAUCUUCUAUCUUUUUCUGUACUUCCUUUAUAUUGCUAUUGACAACAUGAUGGGUCAAGAAUUUUGUGGAAAGGUCAACGAUUACUUGUCAAGCACAGGGGAAGAAGCACAAGGAGUUGGUGUCAUCCAGUGCAAUCCAGACCAGUCUAAACACUUGGAAACUGCAAGGAUGCGCCUGUUCGAUGUAUGGAUUGAUUUUGUUAACUUACGAUCUGAAGACUACAGUGAAAAUAGCCGAAUUCCUACCAUGAGAUUUGGUACUGCAGAAGAAGACGCAUAUCGAAGGGAUUUAACCAUUAAUAGCUUGUUCUACAAUAUCAAUACUAAUUCAGUUGAAGAUUUUACUGGAAGAGGCAUUGCAGAUCUGAAAUCUGGAAAAAUAGUGACCCCUUUACCUCCGAAGGAAACAUUUUUAGAUGAUCCCUUACGAGUUCUUCGAGCUAUCCGUUUUGGUGCAAGGUUUGGAUUUACACUAGAUGAUGAGCUAAAAAAAGCUGCAUCUGAUGAUGAUGUCAAAGCUGCUAUUGCAGACAAAAUUAGCAGAGAACGUAUUGGUCAUGAAAUUGAUCUCAUGGUUUCUGGUGAUCAACCGGUUAAGGCAAUAUCAUACAUUUCGGAUUUGCUGUUAUUUUGGGUUGUCUUCAGAUUUCCUCCUGUGGUUGAUCCUCCAAUCCCUCAGGGAUGUGAAUCAUGUGAUAGGAUCUGUGUUGCUUACCUGGAUGCUGCGUGGGACCUUAUGCAGCUAAUUGGAUGCUCUACCUUCAAUGAUGAACAAAGGAGGCUCACCUUUUAUGCAGCAUUGUUUCUACCAUUUAGAAAUACUAUAUAUAGAGAUAACAAAUCUAAAAAGGUUCCUGUUGUCAAUUACAUCUUUCGCAACUCUCUCAAGCUAAAGGCCAGCGAUGCUGAAACAGUUAUAAAUGUGCACAAUGCUACUAAGAAGUUCAUAUCUUUGAUUCCUUUUAUUACAUCUGAUAAUGAGGACAUACAAAUUGCUGAAGUUGAUUGGGGAAGAGAGAUUCUUGAUGUUCCUGUUGCUUCAAAGCUGCGCAUAUUGGCUGGCUUGCUUCUUCGAGAAAUCAAAGACUUCUGGCGUGUUGCACUGUUGGUUUCUAUGUUUUUAUACCCCACCAACAUUGAUGUUACUACAGAUUCAUCAGAUGAGCAGUUCAAAUUGGAGAAGAGAGCAGAAUCAUUUAAGAUGAUUGAGAAUGCGAUUACAGAACUAGGUCUUGAGAAAGUCUGGGAAAUGAAGCCACUGGUCAAUGGGAAGGAAAUAAUGAGUGUUUUGCAGCUUAAAACGGGGGGACCACUUGUUAAGGAAUGGCAACAAAAACUGCUUGAAUGGCAGCUUGCCCAUCCCUCUGGGACUACAGAGGAAUGUCUUGAUUGGAUGAAGCAAAACCAUUCAAAACGUGCGAGGGUGGAGUAGCUUGUUAAUGCUAUCCCAUUUGCACAUGAUCUUGGUUGAACUUUUGUGGUUGAUUUACAAUUUUGAAGCACCAGGAGCAUUGUCAAGUACAUGUUUGCAGACUCAUGCUGAUUGACAAGCCUACAUGUCUUUACUUGGAUACCGAGAGCAGCAUAAGAUUCUCAAUUUUUUUGAAAAUCAUUUUACAUGUACAAAUUUGCCCAUGUACAGCAGGAGUUAACUCAUCUGCCCUCAGGAAAAAAAAAAAUUACUGGCGGGUUGAUAAAAAAUGAAGAUGCCCCAUGCUAUCUAACCCUGUUUCGGCCUACUUUACUUUGUAUGAAUCCUCCAAUUGCCCAAAACUUACAUUAGCUGCUUAAGUUUUUGUAAUUUAAAUUUUAUCUAGGUUGCAAAUAUUUAAAUCUAAGAGCUAUUUGAUGUUUCGUCUUUUGGACUUCUUGUAUUGCAUUUCUUUUCCAUUUAUCAUUUUAAUUGUAGCCUCGGCGUAUGCUA